UGUUGGUAUACCAUGUGGUUUCAUUCUGUAAACAAAUCCUGCUGGAUUACGCCGGAAAAUAGUAUCGUCUAGGGCGAAUAAAUAAGCAAUUACGAAGCGAGAAAAAAUGAAACCUAGUUUUGAGCCUACGUCCAGCAAACAAAAACCAGGCGCAGCACAAAAUGUUACUACACCGAAUUCUGGCGAUAAUGAAGCGAAAAUUAAAUCGAUGAGAGGAAAACCAAAAUCGGGUAGAAUAUGGAAAUCUCAGAAAGAGCGAUUUGCUACGAUAAAGAAGAGUAUUCGUGGCAAAAAAACUUCGCAACAAAUCGCAUACAGAAAUGAAAUUAAACACAUCAAAGAAUUGUCCCAAUCAAUUAAGGAAUCAAGACGACGGGAGAACGAAGAGAAACGUCUACGACGUGAGGAUAACAAACGAAGAAGACUGGAAAAUGAACAAAAAUCGGAAAUCGUACAAAUCAUCACAAAUUCUGCUAAGCUUAAAAGAAUGCGAAAAAAACAAUUGCGCAUGAUUGAAAAGCGUGACUUGAGCAAAUUGAACAUAGUGUAAGCGGAUCGAAUAACAAAAAAAUGUUG